GGCCGCGGCCCAAAGAUGGCGGCGAAAACACAGGGCGGGAUCCGCCUGAGCGCGCUUUGCCCCAAGUUCUUGCACACCAACUCCACCAGUCACACCUGGCCCUUCAGUGCAAUUGCAGAGCUCAUAGAUAAUGCCUAUGACCCUGAUGUAAAUGCAAAGCAGAUCUGGAUUGACAAGACAGUCAUCAACGACAACAUCUGCCUGACGUUCACUGACAAUGGGAACGGGAUGAACUCGGACAAGCUGCACAAAAUGCUAAGCUUCGGCUUCAGCGAGAAGUCGGUGAUGAACGGGCGGGUGCGUGGGUUGUACGGGAACGGCUUCAAGUCGGGCUCCAUGCGGCUGGGCAAGGACGCCAUCGUCUUCACCAAGAACGGCGACACCAUGAGCGUGGGGCUCCUGUCCCAGACCUUCCUGGAGGUCACCAAGGCAGAGCACGUCAUGGUGCCCAUCGUCACCUUCACCAGCCAGCGACAGAUCAGCGACCCAGCAGAAUCCAAGAACAGCCUGAAGGCCAUCUUGACACAUUCCUUGUUUUCCACUGAGGAGAAGCUGCUGGCAGAGCUCGACGCCAUCAUGGGGAAAAAGGGAACCAGGAUUAUCAUUUGGAAUCUUAGAAAAGAUAAAAAUGAAAAACCAGAGUUUGACUUUGACAAGGAUAAGUAUGACAUCAGAAUUCCAGAAGACUUGGAUGAAACGGGCAAAAGAGGAUAUAAAAAACAGGAGAGACUGGACCAGAUUGUUCCAGAAAGCGACUACUCCCUGCGAGCUUACUGCAGUAUUUUGUACCUGAAGCCAACCAUGCAGAUCAUCCUGAGAGGACAGAAAGUGAAAACACAGCUGGUUUCCAAAAGCUUGGCCUUCAUUGAGCGUGACAUAUACAGGCCCAAAUUUCUGAAUGCCAAAACGGUAAUUACAUUUGGAUUUAACUGCAGAAACAAAGAUCAUUAUGGAAUAAUGAUGUACCAAAACAGGCUCAUCAAAGCUUAUGAAAGAGUUGGCUGCCAGCUGAAGGCAAACAACAUGGGGGUCGGUGUCGUUGGGAUUAUUGAGUGCAACUUCCUCAAACCAACCCACAACAAACAAGAUUUCGACUACACAAAUGAAUACAGACUCACAAUAGCAGCACUGGGAGAGAAGCUCAACGAUUACUGGAAUGAGAUGAAGAGGAAGAAGAACGAGGAAUAUCCCUUGGCUCCGCCAGUUGAGGAGAUCCAAAAGCAGCCAGACCAGACGUGGUUGCAGUGCGACGCGUGCCUGAAGUGGCGGAAGCUCCCGGACGGAAUCGAGCACUUGCCGGAGAAGUGGUACUGGUCCCUGAACCCUGACCCGCAGUUCCGGAAUUGUAACGUGCCCGAGGAGCCGGAAGACGACGAUUUGAUACACCCGACCUACGAGAAAACGUACAAGAAAAAAGACAGGGAAAAACUGAGGAAGAGACUGGAUUACAGCCACCAGAUCAAUAAUGAACUAUUUUUAAAAACAUCUGUUUCUUCAACCUCAAGCGGAGGGCGCAGAGGUGUGCGGACACCCGUGUCCUUGAAGACACCCCGGCUGAGUGACAGAGCAGCCAACCACCACUGAGGGUGAGGUGGUGAUGAUGAUGAUGAUGAAGAUGUCAUCAUCUUAGAGGAGAGCAGCACUCCAAAGCCUUCAGCGGAUCCUGAUGCUCCCGCGGUCAACACCGAGCGCAUCAAUCGGGAUCAAGAGGAGAAGCAGAAGGAGACCCGCGAGGUCGGAGAGCUUUGCACUGCGACCACUUCGGAAGCCAGGAGCGAACAGCUGAGCUCAGCCACACAGACAGAGCUGCCAGGCCUGGUGGUUAAAAAGGAGGAGGUGGAAGAUGAAAUCCCAGUCGAAUUCCCGGGGGCAUGGGGUGGAAACCGGCGGCACAAGGUGAACGGUGUUCCCGAGACACCUGCAGAGACUGAAAAUGAACUGAGAAAUCAGCUGCAGUUGUUACACAGAGAGAAGGAAAUGUACCAAAACAAAUGCGAGGCAUUGAAACAGGUAGAAACACUGGAGGAGAGGCUUUUGGAAAUGAAUAAUAAGUAUGUAAAGAAGGAAAUGUGCCACCAGUCAACAGAGACAGUUCCCUCGGGUGAGGAGGAAAGUGCCAACGGGAGGAGCUUGGCAGAAGUGACUGUUCUCUACGAGCAGGCCUUGGGAGAAGUAGCAAAGCUGCAGGAGCAGUGCAAUACCCUGCAGAACCUAAAAACUGAGUGCAGCAAAUGUGCUGAUGGGGAGAGCAGGAGUGAGUGUGGAGGAAAUGGCCGUGCAGCUGGACAAUGUAAAGUGGAAAAAAACCAAAUGGCCUGUCAGUGUGAAGAACUCAAGGCAGAACUCGCCCAGCUGAAAGCUUCAAUUCCACAAGCAGUUGCACAUGCAAAUGGUUCUACCACCAGUAAUGUAGAAGAGACUGUAAAUUUUUCUGAUGGAGAAAGCCUGAAACUCCGCUCUCUGCGAGUGAACGUUGGACAACUUCUGGCCACGAUGCUGCCUGACCUGGACCUGCAGCAAGUCAAUUAUGACAUUGAUGUCGUGGAUGAAAUCCUAGGGCAGGUCGUAGAACAAAUGCAUGAAAUCAGUAGUACUUAAUAUCUUCCUCUUUCAGCAGAGUUUUAGUUGAUCUUCCAUCAUAACCUUCCUGGAGGUUCCAAAAUGUAUAUAAUGCCUGUUCCCCCGGUCUCCAGUUUUAUCUCUUG